AAAAAAAUUAUAUCCCACCAGGUAAUUUCUUAUCUGCCGCCCGCCACACGGCUCAGCGCGGACGACCUUGUGCUCCGUAGAUCCACACCAAAUCAAAGGCGAGAGGCGAAGAACGUUUUGUACCGAUGUCAGUAAUUUCCCAAAUGCCAACAAGAUAAUCCACAGUCCUAGUGUGAACGCAAUCCAGAGCUAGUCUUCUGAAUGCAUCUCCAAGGUGGGUCAGCUAAAAGGGGCCAGAUCAGGGCAGACUUUGAGCGUGAGGAUUACGUUGGCAGAGACAGGGCUGGAGACGUGCUAUUUGUCAGCAGGAAGGAGACAGGUUUGGCUGGCAGCAGGGUUCGGGGAGGGAGAUCGGAACGGAACGUGCAAUUCGGACGAGGCACGUUGUCGGGAGGGUAUCUGUAGGGAGGGUAUUUGGCAGGCAGCGGGGCAGGAGUCGUUUCCUGGGUGUAGGUUUGGGACCGGAGGAGGCAGGCAUUGGGGUUUAGAUUUAUUUUUAUUUAUUAUCGGUGUAAAGGGAGCGCCUAAGUUUGUGUUCUAUGUGGUAGGGCAAGAAUAUCUGGUAAGAGGCAGAGACAAAGUGCAGAAAGGUUAGAGAGGAAAGCGUUGGAGGACCCCUGCAGGACAAUUGGCGACGAUAAGGAAAAGAAGACAGGGAACAAGGGAUUAUCUGCCACUGUUUCAGGACCCAGAUUUUCAGGGAGCGGUAAGAACAGCUCAAGACGUUAUCUAUUUAGGCAGGGAAAUUUCGGGGGGAGGCAGGGAGGGCCCCAAACUGGCAGGAUCUGGGGCGCUAGCUCCGGCUUUUUGCGCCACUGUUGCGCUCGGAUGCAGUGAGGUGUCUCGCCUUCUGUCUAAGAAGUACAAUUUGCAGGGUGAGAGCCAAAAAUUGGCUGCAUCCCGCGGGACCUAGCUGCCAAAUCCAAGGAUUAGUGGCACUGACGUGCCAGGAUUCAUGGGGCACUGAACGGCUUUGGGGUGAGAGGAGCGGCUACAUGUGUCCGCACUUCCCACAUUAGAAUUUGAGGGGCGGGGGCAAACGUGGUUGGAUCCAGAAAAAUCCAGCAGCCGGAUCCGGGGAUCUCUGUACCCGGGCGGCAUGGGGCUAGGGCUUUUUGGUGCAGCAGGCGCGGCGAAACCUGGUCUCUAGUUAGCCCUUACCAUUUGAGGGCUGUGUGGACGAAAAUCAACAGGAUUCUGGCAAAUCCAGUUGUCACCCAGCCCCAGCGGAGGCGGGGUGGAGCCGGCUGGAUGCAGAAGGCGGAGCUGGGAAGGAGGAGGGAGGCUGGGCACGCUGAAGGCUGGGCAUCAGACUUGCAAGGUCGCGUGUGGGCUGCGCCAGCGCGCCUUGGGAUUUCACCCUGGCCUGAGCCUGAGCCUGGAGACCUAAACCGAGGUAGAAAGUGUGGUUCCGCUGUAAUGGAGAGCAGGAACACUCUGGAUCAGGAUGAAGUUCAGAAACUGGAGCCUGGGAGAAAUAUGGGAAACCGUAACAAUUCGAAUACGAAUUUGCAAGUCACCUACACCCAAGAAGCAGUUGCAUUUUUUCAUUUACAUCAAACACAUCAUUUUGAUGGGUUUGAAUACCCUUCAGAUCAAUACUGCAAACGGGAUCUCUUCCCCAAAUGGCACUUGCCACUGAAGAUAGCAUCUAUAGCCUCAUUGCUAAUAUUUAUCUAUACUUUUCUGAGAGAUGUCGUCCACCCUUUUGUCACUACUAGUGAAAACACUUUCUAUAAAAUUCCAAUCCUGGUCAUAAACAAAGUUUUACCAGUGGUUUCAAUCACCCUUCUGGCACUGGUUUAUUUACCAGGAAUAUUAGCUGCAGGUUUCCAGCUCCACUACGGGACCAAGUAUAAACGAUUUCCACAGUGGCUGAAUGGGUGGAUGUUAUCAAGAAAGCAACUUGGCCUUCUCAGUUUUUUCUUUGCCUCAAUGCAUGCAUGCUAUAGCUUGUGCUACCCAAUGAGGAGAUCUUACAGAUACAAGCUGUUGAACUGGGCGUACCAACAGGUCAAGCAAAAAAAGGAAAAUGCCUGGAUUGAACAUGAUGUCUGGAGAAUGGAGAUUUAUGUGUCUCUAGGAAUUCUGGGACUAGCUCUGCUGGCCAUACUGGCAGUAACAUCAAUUCCAUCUGUCAGCCAUUCUUUGACCUGGAGAGAGUUCCACUAUGUUCAGAGCAAGAUGGGGUAUUUAGCUUUGCUGCUAUGCACAGUUCACGCAUUGGUAUUUGCCUGGAAUAAAUGGGUUGACGUAAACCAAUUUGUGUGGUACACCCCCCCUACAUUUACGAUAGCCAUUUUUCUUCCUAUUAUAGUCCUGCUUUGUAAAAGCGUCCUGCUUUUCCCAUGCCUUAGGAAGAAAAUCCAGAAGAUCAGAUGCGGUUGGGAUACUAAUACAGAGAUGAAUAAAACACAGAUGACUUCCAGACUGUAGAUUGAAUGAGUAUUUAUCAUGCUGCCAUGUAUAGAUUUAAUGAGCUCUAUGAAAUGGUCACAUGUUGGGGGGGCUUUUGCAUGCAUUGGUUAAAUACUACGUGUGUAUUUUUCAUUUCCACUUUUGUUUGGGGGUGUGGCAUCUGUGUUCUCCUCUGACUUGAUCUGGGCUACGGGAGUACCCUUUACUGAGACAGUGGAUUGAAUUGGGUUCCUCAGGCAUUCACUCAUUUCUUUAUUCUGAGUCUUAUGCUGUUUAAAAUCCAAUUCUUCAUUUCCACAAGUAAUACAAUCAUCAGCCAUAGGGAAAGGCAAUCACAAAUCACUGCCUGACAUGUUGACUACAGAAGGUCAAUAAGAUAACAAUUUGAAAGAACCAGCUCUGACUCUUAUACUGUAGAGGGUGUUUCCCAGUGCUUGUUAUGUUUAAGGUAGCACAUGUCACAAUUUUUUCCCCAUUCUUUUUUCCCCUCUUUUUUUAUUAUUAUUUUUUCCUAUUUGCUUCUUUAUUUAUUUUUGAGGCUGAACAUCUUCUAUGCUUUCAGCAGGAGCAAGCAGAAACUUACACAUGUGCUUAACUUAACUCUCAUAAGUCCUCCCAGUGACUUCAGUGGGGCUGCUCACAUGAGUAAAGUUAAGAUCAUGCAUAAGUGUUUGCAGGAUUACCUUUAUUCUGUACCCCAGGGUGAUUUUAUUUUUCAGUUAAGCUCUUUUAGACACUUCUGACCAAAUAGGGUGGAGUGGGGGAGAAAUGUCAGAAAAUAAACAACGCUUUGAAAUUUAGCAUUGACAUAGUCAUUUCUGAGACUUUUUAAAAUAUGAAAUCAAUUCUGAAUAUACUUAAUCAAAACUAAUGAAUCCUCACAUUCUCUGUGAUAGCAGCAGCUGAUUGAAUGAUAUUAGUUGAAUGAUUCACUUGACAAAUGUCAGGAUAUUUUUCAAAUAAAUUAUGCAGUGACUACUUUUUUUU